CAACGUUCAAACGUUAGACAUCAGUAAAACCGUAGUAAAUAGAAUGAAAGAACUUUCUCUAAAUACCUUCAAUUACAACUUGACAUCACAAAAAAUAUAAUGGUUCUUGAAGAUAGUGGGAUGAAAAUGAAAGUGCUUUAAGCAAAUAAUACACUUUUGCCAGAUUCAUUCAUCACUUGUCUUCGACCGUGUAAGGACGCCUAGACAUGUUGAAAGCGGAAAAAGAAUUUAAUGUGGUGUUUAGUGAAUAUCUUUCGGACAGGAAGGAAGCACCCGAAGAGUUUCCGUUCGAAAUAAAGAAAGUAGAGGAAAACGUCAACAAACAAUUACUUCAUGAUUUCACAGGUGAACGUACGGGGUUUAUCCAAGUAGGAAAGAAAAAAUGGUUCUUCCCUAGCGGCUACAGAGACCAAGCAGCUGACUUCUACAAUUUCGAAGUCAGGGAAAGCGACGUAUGGAUUGUAACCUUUCCCAGAUCAGGAACGACAUGGACUCAAGAGAUGGUGUGGUUGUUAGCCAACAAUUUGGACUACGAGAAAGCGGCGGAAAUACCUUUAGUCGUACGGUUUCCCUUUCUGGAAUUCAGUUGUUUCGUGCAUCCAGAGGUGAAGGCUGAGUUUCUGAGAGAGAAUUCGGAUUCCGCACUGAGAAGUCAGAUGAUAGAGGAUAUAUCGGCGCCGAUCUGCGAUUAUUUGACCAAGUUUGAGGGGAGGAGAUUCAUCAAGACGCAUUUACCUCUGAGUCUGUUGCCAAAAAAUCUUUUGACGGCUGGUUGUAAGGUGAUCUAUAUAGCGAGGAACCCCAAAGAUGUUGCGGUAUCUUUCUACCACCUGAAUAGACUGAUUAGGACACAAGGAUACAAAGGAGACUUCACAACUUACUGGAAAUAUUUUCAGGAAAAUUUACAACCAUGGACCCCUUAUUGGGAUCACGUUUUGGAAGCUUGGAACUUAAAACAUGAAAGUAACCUACUCUUCAUGUUCUACGAAGACAUGGUCAAGGUAAACACAAAACGCGCAAUAAUGAGAGUUCAAGACUUCCUAGGCACAAACUAUGAAGAUGAAGAAAUAUGUGCACUGGAAAAACACCUUCAGAUCGAAAACUUCCGGAAAAACAGCUCAGUGAAUUUCGACCUCUUGAAAAAUCUGGGUAUACUAAUCCAAGGAGAACAGGAAUUCAUCAGGAGGGGAAAAAACGGCGAAUGGAAAAAUGAAUUUCACGGUGAACUCAACGAAAUGGCAGACAAGUGGAUCGAGGAAAAUUUGAAAGGGACAGACUUGCGAUUUCCCGAUUGAAUUAAAUCUGAAAAAUUGAAUAAAUAUUACCAAAAAUAAAAAAUAUUUAGUUUUUAAUACGAGAGGUGUAGUUUGAGUGGGAAACAGAAGUAAUGUUAAAGAAAAACUUUUAAAUUAUUCAAUAAAUUUAUUGCAUUAUCGCAGGAUAUAAUCGAGAAAUACAAAAAAAAAAACAAAGAAUAAAAUAACAGAAUUAAAUGAACA